UAAUGGAUAUUAAUCGGGUGUCCGCGAGCCGCCGACCCGAACCUCGUCCUAGUCGUGAGGAUCACGGUUCGCGUGCAACAGCUGAGCACGCUUCCCACCUCGUCCUGAAACGCGGCGCGCCUGUCUGUGUUCCUUCCAAAUUUUUGCACAAGUUCGCGGUACAUUGCAACACGGUUCUAUUUCUUCUUCCUCUUUUAAAUAAACAUCAACAGGAAUGAAGAAAAAGUUUAAGAUACCACCGUUAUCCUUGGACAAGCAGAAGGAAAGCGCCAAGAGUUACGAUGUCACGCAAAUAACUGAAGAAAAGAAAGAGGAAAUAACAGAAAAAGUUUCAUUCUUCAGAUUGUUUAGAUUUGCAACAUGUCUGGACUGGUGCUAUCUAUCAAUCGGUGGGCUGUGUUCGCUCCUCGCCGGAGUCGCACAACCUUUCAUGUUCAUAUUCUUCGGCGACGUGACGGAAGUCAUGAUCAACUUUUCAGUAGUUCUCUACAACAAAACCGUCUCCGAAGAAGACUUCUCAAUUGCAGAAGAUACCUUUAUCGAGGGCAUUAGAAAGUUUGGUAUUGAAACGUCCAUAUUAGGUUUUGUCACUGUCAUUUGUAUGUAUAUAUCAGUGGUGUUGGUGAACCGAAGCUCAAUAAGACAGAUUUCCAAACUAAAAUCAAUUUAUAUGGAGAGCAUUUUGAACAAAGAUAUCGCUUGGUAUGAUGUCAAUCAAACUGGCGAUUUUUCCAGCAGAAUAACGGAGGAUUUGGGUAAAAUUGAAGAUGCGUUGAGCGACAAACUGUCGACGUUCGUGUUUUACAUGUCCACAUUCUUUUCGGGUUUAAUCGUUUCCUUGAUCGAAGGAUGGGAAUUGUCUUUGAUCUGCCUGAUUUACCUUCCGGUAUCUCUUGUAGCAAUGGGUUUAGUUUCAUGGCUUAGCGGAAAAUUGGUGAAGAAAGAGAUGGACGCUUAUGCAGCGGCAGGUGCCAUAGCCGAGGAAGUUCUUGGAGCAAUCAGAACUGUGAUGGCUUUCGACGGACAGCAAAAGGAAAUUGACAGAUACAAAGAAUGUCUGUUUGUUGCUAGGGAUAACAAUAUUAGGAGAGGGCUAUUUACGGCUUUCAGUAACGGAUCUAUGUGGCUAUUUGUUUAUGGUUCUUACGCUUUAUCAUUCUUCUAUGGUAUCAAACUUAUUAUAGAUGAGAAAUACUUGUCGGAUGAGGAACGAGUAUAUACACCAGGAAAUAUGAUCACGGUGUUUUUUGGAGUUCUGGUUGCAACGUGGAACUUCGGUCAAUGCGCACCGUUCUUCCAAAUUUUCAGCGUGGCCGCAUCCGCAUCGGGCAAGAUAUUUUCUAUUAUCGAUGAACCUCCAACAGUAAAUUUAUCAAAAACAUCUGGAAAAAAAUUUAGUUCCUUGCAAGGAAACAUUAAAUUCGAGAACAUCCAUUUCAACUAUCCUUCAAGGACGGAUGUUAAGAUUUUACAAGGCUUAAAUUUGAAUAUAAACUCGGGGGAGACUGUGGCUUUAGUAGGAAGUUCUGGUUGCGGUAAAUCCACAUGCAUCCAAUUAAUCCAAAGAUUUUACGAUCCAUUAAAUGGAAGAGUGACUAUCGAUGGUAAUGAUAUGAAAGAUUUAAAUCUAAGGUGGCUUAGAUCUCAAAUAGGAGUCGUGGGUCAAGAGCCUGUGCUGUUUGGAACUACAAUUGAAGAGAACAUCAGGUACGGUAACCAGUUUGCCACUAGAGAUGAGAUCGAAGAAGCUGCUAAAAAGGCAAACGCACAUACCUUCAUUAAAAACCUUCCGCAAGGAUACGAAACGACAGUUGGAGAAAGGGGAGCCCAAUUAUCUGGAGGUCAAAAGCAGAGAAUCGCCAUUGCUCGGGCUUUAGUUAGGAAGCCGGCGAUUCUGCUUUUGGAUGAAGCUACAUCAGCUUUAGAUACAAACAGCGAGGCUCAAGUCCAAGCAGCUUUAGAUUCCGCUAGUAAAGGUUGCACGACAAUAAUUGUUGCUCAUAGGCUGUCAACUAUAAGAGGUGCGAACAGGAUUGUUGUGCUUUCGGAAGGACAAGUAGUCGAAGAAGGCACCCACGACAAGUUAAUGUCUUUGAAAUCGGCUUACUAUAAAUUAGUUACUUCUCAGAUUUCCAGCGAAGUUAAAGGAAAUUUAGAGGAAAACAACAUGACAGAUUUAGAUGAAAGUAAUAAUGAAGUUUCACCGAAGUUAUCGGUUAUUUCAAAUGAUAUUCAAGCUGAAGAAGUAUUAGAAAAAGAUAAUAUCAAUAUGUGGACAACUAUUGGAGAAAUUUUGAAAUUGAACAAACCGGAAACGAUGCAUAUAAUAAUUGCGUGCAUCGGCGCUGCAAUUUCCGGUGCGUCUCUUCCGAUAUAUUCGAUUGUUUUUGGUGAUAUCGUUGGAAUCCUAGGCGACGACGAUACGGAUUUUGUUAGAACAGAAGGAAACAAGUUCAGCAUGUAUUUUGCUAUAAUAGGUGUUGUAACUGGAAUCGCGGCAUUCUUUCAAUGGUAUCUAUUUGGAAUUUCUGGAGAAAAGCUAACGCUUCGAGUGAGAUCUAAACUCUUUGAGACAAUGCUGAAACAGGAAAUUGGUUGGUACGAUAGGAAGGAUAAUGGAACCGGAGCUUUAUGUACGAAACUAUCAGCUGAUGCGUCCGGUGUGCAAGGGGCUUCAGGUCAAACCAUCGGGACAAUCGUUAAUUCGUUAUCUAGUUUAGGUUUAGCAAUUGGAUUUUCUUUCUAUUUUGAAUGGAGAUUAACCUUGGUCAACCUUUGUUUUGUACCAUUAAUAUUUAUGGCCAUCUAUUUCGAGCAGAAGUUAGUGAACAACGAUACUGGGGGAAGCAGGGAUGCUGUAGAAAAAUCAUCAAAAAUUGCAGUUGAAGCAAUAAGCAAUAUUCGAACAGUGGCUUCGUUAGGUUGCGAGAAGAUCUUCCAUACGCAAUUCUUGGAAGUGCUGGGACCGCAUUACAGGAAAGCUAGGAGAGGCACGCAUUUGCGUGGUAUCAUUCUUGGAAUGUCCCGUAGUUUGAUGUUCUUUACGUAUGCAGCUUCGAUCUACUACGGCGGAACUUUAAUUCAGAACGAGAAAUUGCACUAUUCAUUGGUUUUCAAAGUUUGUGAAUCGAUGAUUGCCGGAGCUUGGGCUGUGGGAAAUGCGUUGGCUUUUGCACCGAACUUGCAGAAAGGUGUCGUGUCUUCGGGAAAGUUGAUCAGAAUGUUGAGAAGGAUUCCUGCGAUUAGGGAUAAUCAGAAUUCAACCUCGUUGUCUUGGGCUAACAGCAGCAUCAACUACAAACACAUCAAGUUUAAUUACCCUACUCGACCUGGUAUUAAGGUUCUUAGAGAUUUGAACUUGGAGGUAUUGCAUGGGAAGACCGUGGCCUUGGUUGGACCCAGCGGAUGCGGAAAAUCAACGAUAAUUCAGUUGCUUGAGAGGUUCUAUGAUCCUUCCAGCGGAGCUGUCGAUAUCGAUAACCAGAAUUUGAAAAACGUCAAGUUAUCAUCGUUGAGGAAACACUUGGGCAUCGUAUCGCAAGAACCUAAUUUGUUUGAUAGGACAAUAGCGGAGAAUAUUGCGUACGGAGACAAUUCUAGGAUAGUUCAACAAGAUGAGAUCAUCCAAGCGGCGAAGAACGCUAACAUCCAUAACUUUAUAACUGCUUUACCUCAAGGAUACGAAACUCGAUUAGGUGAGAAAGGAACGCAGCUUUCUGGUGGUCAAAAACAGAGGAUUGCUAUAGCUAGGGCUUUGGUACGAAACCCUCAAGUACUUUUACUGGAUGAAGCAACGUCCGCUUUGGAUACUGAGAGCGAAAAGAUUGUUCAGGAAGCCUUGGAUAAUGCACAGACCGGCAGGACUUGCAUAACCAUAGCUCACAGGCUAUUAACUAUCCAAGACGCUGAUGUAAUCUGCGUAGUAAACAAAGGUGAGGUAUCGGAGAUGGGUAGCCAUUCGGAACUGUUAGCAUUGAAGGGACUUUACCAUAAACUCUACAGCAUGCAAAUGGGACAUAGAUGAAGAGGAUACUUAAGAAAAAUCGUGGAUAUGUUAGUACAAUUCCUUUCAUAGAUCUUAUUUACGUGAUAAAGUAUUACAACAAUGAAUAUAUAAUUAAACAUGUAAUCUUAAGUUUCCAAGUAUACAAUGUAAGACAUAUUUCACUAAUUUUAAUAAAAAUUAAAAUUUAUAUGUUGACAA